AUGACAGUUACCAACCGAUUCAGGCCGCAAGACGAUGGGGUCUGCGUGCCCAUUGAGCAGGACGUUCCAAGCGUGACCUCGUCUCAGCGUCAGGAUGAUGAGGACCGCGUCGUGUUCCUAGUGGUACCGGGUCUUGCUGACGACAACGAAGGCGCUGCAGCCAAGAUCAAGGCAGCACUCACGACCAGCACUCUCGGCGUGCGGUGCGUACAGCUGGACGUGCCGGAGCGACUCGUCAGGAUCGAGCUGAUGCGUCGCGCCGAUGAAGCCACUGAAGCCACACUUGCUGAGGUUGUGCGGCACGCAACGCCAGGCCAAUUCGUGGCGUAUCCCGUGUGGCAGCAUCGCGAGCGUAUCGUUCGUCUGCGCGUACAUGGCAUGCGCUGUAUGACCAAUUGUGGGCGGCAGGUAAUUCGUGCACUGGAGCAAGUUCCUGGUGUGCUACACAUUCAUGUGGACUCUAAGUCGAAGACAGCGGAAGUGGCGGUAGCAAAGGGUUGCACGGCUACGGAGGUCGAUCUGAUCAAGUACAUUGACGCAGCGAACUCACGGUUCAAAGCAUCUGUUGCAAAGGAGAAGAAGAAGCGAACAGGCUCAGUUUCUGGUGCGAUCUUGCUGAAUAUCACAGGUAUGACUUGUGCCAAGGUGUGUGCGGCAAAGGUACAGGAAGCGUUGCAGCGCACUGAAGGGGCGAUCAACGCUACGGUUGACUUUGAAAAUAAACGUGCGAUGGUUAUUCUGGAGCCUGGAUGUCAGGUGGUCGAGGAAGAUUUGGUUGCAGUGGUGCGCAGCCUUGGGGACAAGUUCGAUGCUUCGUGUUACGAUCUCUUUGCGAAUGACGGUUGCUCGCACGUUGUUUAUCUCUCGAUCAGUGGUAUGAGCUGCGCCAAGAACUGUGCAAGAAAAGUGCAGGAUGCAUUGUUGAGUGUCAAAGGAGUUAUGAAUGCCAAGGUAGACUUUGACACGAAGCGGGCUGCCAUUUUUUUGGAAACAGAUAGCUGUUUGACCGAAACGGACCUGAUCAAUGUCGUGCAUUCCGCAGACCAAAAGUUCACGGCUUCAAUGACAUCACCACCCAGUGGACCACGCUCAAUCGUUCUUGCAGUCCAAGGCAUGAGGCCAACUUCUAACUGCGCGAACAAACUUGAAAAGGCUCUAUGUGCGAUACCAAGCGUGGAAGCCGCGAAUGUGGAUUUUUCCUUGCAGCGUGCCACUGUUCUGCUUCGAGCGGGCAGCACGUUGACCGAACGCGAUCUCAUUGAAGUCGUUCGAGGGGCUGGUGAUUCGUUUGAUGCAGUGGCGUACCAUCCGUCGCUCGAACCCCGCAUGAUAGUUUUGGAGAUCGAUGGCAUGAGCUGCGCCAACAACUGUGCACGAAAGGUCCAGCAAGCUCUCAGCAAAACCGAGGGUGUUGCAUCGGUAUCGGUAGAUUUUGCCACAAAGAGGGCAACCAUUGAGGUAGACCCUGACACACAGGUUAGAGAUGACGACUUGGUCCGAGCCGUUCAAUGUGCGGGUUCAAAGUUUCGCGCUCGAGUUGUUGAGCCCAGUGUAAAAGAAGCGCCUACCGCCACCAAGACUUCUGCAUUCGACACCGACGCAAAGUCAAAUUCAGUGUUCUCUACAGCUGCAAACGACCUAGCUCUUUCGAUUGGCUCUGACGCUGUCGACAUCGGAGAAGCCACGCUUCUCAUUGAAGGCAUGGCUUGUAGCUCGUGCUCGAGCUCAGUUGAAAAUGCUCUGACACAAAUGGAAGGCGUCAUUUCAGUUACGGUUAGCUUUGCAACAGAGAAGGCAUCGGUCCGAUUUGACAAGCACGUGGUUGGCGUACGAACGCUUGUUGAAACUAUCGAAGAUAUUGGAUACGGCGCUUCGUAUUUGUCUGGAGGAGAAGCCCAGAAAGCGCUUGGAAACCAGCGCACGAAAGAGAUCGCGCGAUACCGCGUCGACUUUCUUGUAUCAAUGCUCUUUACGACGCCAGUCCUCGCGAUCAUGAUGGUGUUUGACAACAUCGCGUCCACUGAACAUAGCUUGGCAUUGACUAUUCUACCAGGUGUUUCGUGGCAAACUUUGAUCGUGGCGAUUUCUGCCACGCCAGUCCAGUUCUAUGCGGCACGCCGUUUCCACGUCGAUGCGUACAAGGGGAUGAAGAACCGGACGCUGGGUAUGUCGUUCUUGGUAUCUAUGGGCUCUAAUGCGUCAUACUUUUACGGGCUUCUUAGCGUUGCACGUGCUUGCCUGCUGGGCGACUCAAGUGUUGCCAAUCUCGACAUGUUUAUGACGUCGACAAUGUUGCUUUCGUUCGUGAUAUUGGGCAAGUUCCUGGAAUCGGUCGCAAAAGGUGAGACAUCAGCAGCAUUAAGCAAGUUGAUGGAGCUACAGGUCAAAUCCGCUACGCUGCUAGUUUUCAGCGCAGAUGGAACCAGUAUCCGAGAAGAACGGAUUGUUCCAAUUGAGUUGGUCCAGCGUGGCGACAUUUUGAAGGUCGUUCGCGGUUCAUCGAUCCCUGCUGAUGGCGUGAUCGUGUACGGCGACGGUCGAAUCGAUGAAUCCAUGCUGACCGGCGAAUCUAGGACGAUAAAAAAAGUCAGUGGUGAUCGUGUGCUAGGGGCGACGGUCAACGUCGAAGGGUUGUUCCAUAUGAAGGUAACUAGUGUGGACAACGAUACUGCACUGAGUCAAAUCAUCCGUCUUGUGGAGGACGCGCAGGCCUCAAAAGCGCCAAUCCAAGCAUAUGCAGACUACGUGGCAUCCAUCUUUGUCCCGACUGUACUGGGGUUGUCAUUUCUGACAUUCUCAGCCUGGUUCAUCCUAUGUCUUUUCGAUGUGGUUCCAUCGAGCUUGAUUCCUCCCAUGGACAGCAAGUUUGUAUUUGCGUUCAACUUUGGUAUCGCAACGCUUGUAGUUGCUUGCCCGUGUGCAUUGGGACUGGCUACGCCAACGGCUGUCAUGGUCGGAACGGGUGUCGGCGCCGAGCAUGGCGUGUUGAUCAAAGGUGGCGAGCCUUUGCAAGCUGCGCACAGCAUUGACACGAUCUUGUUUGACAAGACAGGAACGCUGACUGUGGGAAAGCCUGUGGUGACAGACGUGGUCGUGCUCAGUAAGAAAUUGAGUACUGAGAAACUCAUUCUCUUAGCUGGGUCGGCCGAACUUGGCAGUGAACACCCGCUGAGCAAGGCGAUCAUCGAGUACGCCAAAUUUAUAGCAUCAUCACUUGAGCAGCCGACUGAUUUCCAGGGCGUUUCUGGAAGAGGUAUCGCAUGUACGGUUGGUGAGCACAAAGUUGUCAUCGGCAACAGGGAAUGGAUGGUAGAAAACGGUCUGAAACGUUGGACGAGUAUUGUGCUACAGCAAGCCACGCUGACAUUCCAGAAUGCCGGAAAGACUGCAAUUUAUAUGGGCGUUGACGACGAGCUUAGCGCUGUCUUUGGUGUGGCAGACGCGCCGCGCAAGGAGUCAAUGCGAACACUGAAGAAACUCAGGCAAAUGGGUCUCGAGGUCUGGAUGGUCACUGGAGACAACGCGCGUACUGCGUACACAAUUGCUGACCAGCUCGGUAUCAGCCGGCGCAACGUCAUGGCUGGUGUUGUUCCCUCCCAAAAGUCUUCAAAAGUCAAGCAGCUUCAGAGCCUUGGCCGCACCGUUGCAAUGGUCGGCGAUGGCAUCAAUGACUCGCCUGCCCUUGCACAAGCUGAUUUGGGCAUUGCUUUGGGUGGUGGUACGGAAAUCGCAGUGGAAACGGCUGGCAUGGUCCUCAUGAAGGCCAACUUGUUCGACGUCAUCACGGCACUGGAUCUGUCUCGAACGAUCUUUAACCGUAUCCGGCUGAACUACGUGUGGGCCCUGGGCUACAAUUGUCUCUUGAUCCCUCUAGCUGCAGGUGUGCUGUAUCCAUAUGGCUUCACAAUUCCGCCAAUGUUUGCUGGUGGCGCCAUGGCCAUUUCGUCCGUGUCAGUGGUCACGUCCUCGCUAUUGCUCCGGUAUUACACCCCUCCAGCUCUCCCCGAAGACUUCAGCGUCGUUGACACCAAGUCGCUGUUAUUCAAGAAGCCGACAGUUACAACGCCUCUGCUCGCGUCCAGUACGCUAGAAUAG